CCUAAUUGGGACCACGCCUUGGGAACUUUCGUCUACUGCAAACGUCACAUGCAUACCUGGAAACAGUUAGGUGGAAUGCCGGAAAUUCUUUUUGUUGACCAUCGGAUAUUUGUUUUUCGGCCUCUUUUUAGAACUAUUAAUGAACUGUUUUUCUAUUCUUACUUAUUUUAUUGAAUCUGGGUGCGUUAAAAACAGUAACAUUACUCGCGUUUGAUUGAAAGGGUCUUAUAUAAACACCGAAUCACUGUCUUAAUUGUAGUCGGGCCCGAGGCUGGGCUAACUUUAGCCUAGCAUUCAGUGAAGUCCUGCUAGCUAGCGUAUUAGCUUGUGUUAGCUUUCAGUCUAGCUGGCUUAAAAGUCAUCCGUUCACUCACUCAACUCAUUCAUAAGAACGUAGAAGACAACAACUCAAAAACCAUGGCAGUUGUCAACGAAGCUGCCCUCAAGAAAAUGCUAAAGCAAUACAAGUACAGAGAUCUGACUGUUCGUGAGAUAACCAAUGUCAUCUCCCAGUACAAGGACUUGAAGCCUGUUAUGGAUGCUUAUGUCUUUAAUGAUGGCUCCACAAGAGACCUGAUGAGCUUGACAGGAACUGUCCCAGUGAGCUACAGAGGCAAUAUCUACAACAUCCCAGUGUGUCUGUGGUUGCUGGACACAUAUCCCUACAACCCUCCCAUAUGUUUUGUCAAACCUACCAGUGCCAUGAUGAUCAAAACUGGCAAGCACAUCGAUGCCAAUGGCAAGAUCUACCUGCCUUAUCUACAUGAGUGGAAGCAUCCUCAGUCAGACCUGUAUGGCCUGAUUCAGGUGAUGAUCGUGGUUUUUGGAGAGGAGCCUCCUGUGUUUUCUCGUCCCACCACGCAAGCCCCCUACCAAGCGUUCCAAGCCACUGGACCCCCUAACCCUUCCUAUAUGCCUGGCAUGCCUGGUAUGCCUGGUAUGCCUGCGGUCUCACCCUACAGCCCAAAUCCUAACCCAGGAGGCUAUCCAGCAUACCAAUACCCAGGGGGCAACUCUUACCCAGCCACUGCUGGGCCUGCACACUACCCCACCCAGACCCCAGUUUCCACAGUGGGCCCGAACAGAGAUGGCACUAUUGGAGAGGACACCAUCCGUGCAUCUCUGAUUUCAGCUGUGAGUGAUAAGCUUCGCUGGAGGAUGAAGGAGGAGAUGGACAGAGCUCAGGCGGAGCUGGACGCCCUGAAGCGAACGGAGGAGGAUCUAAAGAAAGGACAUCAGAAACUGGAGGAGAUGGUCUCAAGACUGGACCAGGAAGUGUCUGAGGUUGACAGGAAUAUCGAGCUGCUGAAGAGAAAAGACGAGGAGCUAAGUGAGGCCUUGGAGAAGAUGGAGAACCAGUCAGAGAACAAUGACAUUGACGACGUCAUCGUUCCCACAGCUCCGCUGUACAAACAGAUCCUCAACCUGUAUGCUGAAGAAAAUGCAAUUGAGGACACUAUCUUCUACCUGGGAGAGGCGCUCCGCAGGGGCGUCAUAGACCUGGAGGUUUUUCUUAAGCAUGUACGCCUUCUGUCCAGGAAGCAGUUCCAGCUCCGUGCCCUCAUGCAGAAAGCUCGCAAGACUGCCGGCCUUAGUGACCUCUACUGACCCACACUGACUACCAGGAAAUGUUCAUAUCUUCACGCUCUCUUACUCUCUCCUCUUCCGCCUCUCUUUUUAUUCCCCUUUUAUGUCUUAUUUUUACUCUAUCUCUAUACAAUCUGAGACAGAAUUCUGAACAGCAACAACAGAAUGAUUAAAAAAGCAACAUUUUUGAAGAACUGGACUCGUCUGUGUGGCCACAGUUCUUCUAGGAAAUCAUUUGUGUUUUUAUUCUGACCAAAUAAUUAUUUGAGAUAAUUCUGCAUUAACAGUCAUGACCCAUUUGCACCAAUAUUAAAUACGAAACCACAUUGUAAACCAGGUACUGCGGUUGACACAAAAACAUAAUUAACACACAUGCCAUAUUGGCAAAAGUGACGUGGGAGACGUACUGUGAGUUAGUGUGUCGACCUGUAUAUGUUGCACUGCAGGGUAGCCCACAGGUUCUGUUCGCAAUCUCUUUGCCAGACAAUGUAAUUUGGCUAGUAAGCACAACUUGUUAGCGGUUAGAAGAAAGGGGCUUUGUCGAGAGCCCCAUAUGUCCUGUCCCCUCAUGAUGAAAAGGUUAGGCUCUGAUAUAAAUACCCAGGGCUUCCUUUCAGUAAGGACAUGGGGUUCAGCCUCAGGAUUGAAUUGCUGUCCGAGUCAUCUUCAGUAGCCAUGGAGUCAAAGGGAUCACUUUUCAUACAGUAGAGGUGAUGAUGAAGAUGAACAUGAACUGUGUUUCUUCAUUGUCUUUGUUUGAGUCUUUUAAUGGGUUAUAUGUUGAGCUCCCCUGCCACUUGACCACUGUUUUUUAUUUCCUGUUGCCCUGUCUCUUCACAACAUAUGAGAGGUUCUUUGUCAGCUGCUCAGGUCUACCCUCCAGUCUGACUGCAUUAACAGUCAAUCUUGUACAGUAGUUGUUUCACUAUGUACAGUGUCUAUGUCCAAGGUGGAUGACGGUCUUGACAUACUUUAUUCUAAUGUAUUACAUUUUGUUUUCUUUACUUUUCUGUUUUCCUUGUGCUGUCUACUUAUUCUCAGUCCUUCUGAGGUUUAGGUUUUCAGUAAUCAUGAGGAAAACGUUGUGAAUAAAGCUGGCGCAUUGGAGGGUACAAAAUAAAUCAAAACAAUAUUGUACUAAUCAAAAAGUUAACUUAUGUAAAGUUUGCAGACAGGUCUCAUUUAAAUUAGCCUUUUACUAAAUGCACUUUGAAUUGUAUGAUAGAAUAUCUGCUGUUAUUUUUUUCUUGUUUCCAAUUCAACCAUAGACCACCUGUUCUUUUAUAUCUGUAGAUUUAUGUAAAUCAGUACAAAUAAAUAAAAUCUGAUUUAAUGGAU